UAUUUAAUUAUUAUUAUUAUUAUUAAAAAAUUUAUGAUCCAAAGACAGGUGGGUGUAGGGACUGGACAGAGUGCUUAGUCGUUACUUUGAGUGCUCAAUUCAUUCGACAAUAAUUAUUAACUUUAAUUUCAUUUCAUAGUUGAGUUGAGAAAAUCACUUCAGCCAUGAGUUUUCAAGAUAUUCAAAGUGGUUCCAAUCCUCCUUCUCGUCGAACCCAGUCACCGUCGCAAGCCGUUGCUGCCGGAAUUUUCCAGAUCAACACCGCCGUCGGUACUUUCCGGCGACUCGUUGACUCCGUUGGAACCGUUAAAGAUACUCCAGAGCACCGUCAGAAACUGCACAAUACGAGACAGAGGAUAUUGCAGCUUGUGAAGGAUACUUCUGCGAAACUCAAAUCUUUGCCUGAAUCCCAUCGUGAUGCUAAUGCCAAUACUAAUAAGAAAAUUGAAGAUGCUAAGUUGGCAAGAGAUUUCCAAACCACAUUGCAAGAAUUCCAGAAAGUUCAACAGCUUGCUUCUGAGCGUGAAUCAACUUACACUCCGGCUGCCCCUGCUUCUAACUUACCAACAAGCUCUGGCCCCGGUCAAGAAUCGAUUGAGAUAGACCCGGAAAGCCAACCUUUUAUCAGAGGGCAGAUGAGGCAAGAGAUAGUUCUAUUGGAUAAUGAAAUAUCCUUCAAUGAAGCCAUGAUUGAAGAAAGAGAUCAGGGUCUUAGAGAGAUUGAAGAGCAAAUUGGAGAAGCAAAUGAAAUAUUCAAGGACCUUGCUGUUUUGGUUCAUGAUCAGGGGAUUGUUAUUGAUGACAUUCAAUCAAAUAUAGAUACUUCUGCUGGUGCAACAGCUCAAGGUAAGGUCCAGCUAGCCAAAGCUUCCAAAAGUGUGAAAUCCAAAAAUAAAUGGUGUUGGUGGGUGCUUUUAAUUUUUGUGGCGGUGCUGGUCAUCUUUCUCAUUGUACUCCUAAUUUAGUUUGGAAGGUCGACUAAGUUGGACAUUUUUUUUACUCCCUUAUUUUUUCAAGAUUGAUUUAAAUUCAUGAAUCUCUUCAUAUUCUGUUGGUGUCCAAAUGUGAUGUGGUGUGAAGUGUGUUUGUUUGGACCAAAAGAAAUGUGUUAAAAGAGUCUAUUGCGGCCUUUCCAAGUCCAGCAGCCAGCAGUUUGAUGUCUUAAGUGAGCAUUAGGAAGUGGAAGUUGGAAGAAAUAACUUAUAUAUGUAAAGCAAUUUUAGCAAAAAAAAAAAAAACUAUUCUGAAUUUUUAUAUAGAUUUAUAAUAUAGAAUUUGUGCAUUGUGUAUCCCAAAUUAUCAAAUUUUCCAAUAGCAAACUGUUUGUGUGUAUUUUAACA